GUGUGUCAGUGUUUAUUUCAUUAAAAGUUUCUAACUUGCAAUCAUGACUGGUCGUGGUAAGGGAGGAAAAGGAUUGGGAAAAGGAGGAGCCAAGCGGCAUCGUAAGGUUCUUCGUGAUAACAUCCAAGGUAUCACUAAACCAGCUAUCCGUCGUCUGGCUCGUCGUGGUGGAGUCAAACGUAUCUCUGGUCUGAUCUACGAAGAAACUCGUGGAGUUCUAAAGGUCUUCCUUGAAAACGUCAUCCGUGACGCAGUCACCUACACCGAGCACGCUAAACGUAAGACUGUCACGGCCAUGGAUGUCGUCUACGCUCUGAAACGUCAAGGCCGUACUCUUUACGGUUUUGGAGGCUAAUUUUAUUACUCGACCCAGCAAUUUAUUAAACCAAACGGCCCUUUUCAGGGCCACCAAAUUUUUCAUACGUAAAAAACAAUUCAUGUUUUAUUCUAAGUACUGAAAUAUUACCAAUAUCAUUAACCUUUAUUGAUAUACGAUACUUUGUACUAAACUUAUGUAUUUGAAUUAUAUCUAACAACAAAUAAAUUAAGGUGCCACCUCAUGUUUGACAAAAUAUCUUAUAAUAACAUAAUGCAUUAUUUAAAUGAAUCAUCUUUCUAAAAAAUUACUGUUAUCCUAAAAACGAACUCCAUAACCCACGUACGAUUAUCAUGAGCAAAUAAAAUACUCUUCUUAUGAAUAAUAUCCUCGCAUUUUCAAUCUGUUAUU